AUGGAACGCCAAAUCGUGCUCCGCUGGGCCACGCGACAAGACAUCGCUGCCAUCACCGACAUCCUCGUGGAAAACUUCAUGCACUUCGAGCUGUACGACCACAUUGCACCCACACGCCGACAGCACCCGGACGAGUACCGUCGUUUCGUAUCACACCGCGUGAAGCUCUUUUACGCCAAGUCAGAAGCACGGUAUAUGGUCGCCGAAGCAAGCUUACCCACCACGAAUGGAGUGCAGCAGACUGCCAUUGUCGGCUUUGCUACGUGGGAGGCACUCGGCAGCGAGAAUCUUCUGGCGGAGCAGUGGCGACAUCUGUCGUCGGGCUGGACUGCGAAGCUCGAGAGAAGUCUGGUCAGCCUGGACCUGCAGUACUACCGCUACUGUCUCGAUCGCAUUGUGGACUACGACGCUUUGGACGGGAUCGUGAACAAGCUGCAUAGCACCUACGAGCAUCGGGACGGGCUACAGAACUGUCUCCAUUUGCAGUUCUUGAUGGUCGAUCCUGGAUGGCAGAGAGGACGAGGCAUAGGUCGAAAGUUGCUGCAAUGGGGAAUCGAUGUCGCGAAGGAACGCGGACUGCCGGUCGUGAUCGAAAGUAGUCUUGUGGGCUAUGACUUUUAUCUCAAGCAUGGAUUCCGUUUGCUGGAAUAUGUGCGUGUUGGAACUGUCUCGGACAAAGCAUAUGAUGCGCCCAUCGUGGUAUAUGAUCCGAGAGAGAAGCCAUAG